AUGCUGUGCAUCAGUUUUACUUGCUGCACGCUGUUCAGCCGCCACUCACUGGAUGCUGUUCAGCCGUCCUUACUACUCACUGCAUGCUGUUCAGCCGCCCAUAUUACUCACUGCACGCUCUUCAGCCGUGCUUAUUACUUGCUGCAUGCUGUUCAGCCGCCCAUAUUACUCACUGCACGCUCGUCAGCCACCCUCAAUACUUGCUGCGCCCUAGUCAACAACCCGCUGCAAGUCGGCCAGAAUGUGCCUUGGCCGUCCUCUCAUCACCUCCAGCCACAGCCAAAACUCACAAACCCCUCCGCCAUUCUCUCUCCCCUCUCCCCUCUCCCCGCGGCCCACGCACGCGCAGAGGCGUACGUGCAGGUGGAUGCAGCGUUUGUGCCGCUGCACCGGUCGCUGGACACGAGUAUCAUCACACCGGAGCUGCGAGGGCUGGGAGCCAUGGGGCAACCCUGCGCCGUCUCGCUGCAUGAUGCGAUUGGAUCCCUCAUCAACCGCCCCGUCUGCAAGGUCAUGCUCCGCGCGCUGCCAUGUCAUUCCCCCCACCUCUAUACCCGAAACCCUAACCUAACCAACCCCUCCUCCCCCUCUUCCUCCUCCCUUUGUUCCUCAAACCCCGUCUUCCUACUGCCACUCUUCCUACUCGUCAACCCUUCACUUCCUCGCCCACCUCCCCCCUCCCCACCUGCCCCUCCCCCAGUACCCCCAAUGUGA